CUUGUUCAUCAACUUUUGAACGCUGCACUUGGUACUGCUAGUUGUAGCUAGAAAUAUUGUAUUUCAAAGGGUGAGGUUGUUCUCUACCAACUUCAGAAAAUUUUGUUUUCAGCAUGUCUCUUCACAUUUUUAUCUGGCUACUUGUUUUAUCGAUAGCCAGUGUGUACGGUGCGGACAACUCCACGGCAAGCAAUGCAACCUCUGUAACCAACACUAUACAGGCUAAAUCUACGGUCACAACUACUUCCCCUAAAACAACAGUUGGCAAAGAAAAGAAAAAAGAAAAGGACAAUUCAAACGAGAGUGGCGAUGACAGUGCUUCCAGUGACGAAGUUGACAAGGGUAAACUAGACGAACUGAAACACUUGCUUGAGGGUCUUGUGAAAAAACUUGAAGAGAAAAGCGGAGUUAAAAAGGUUAUUGAACUCUUGUUUGGGAAAGACAAAAACGACAAGGACAAGAAAGAUAAAAAAGAUGAUAAGAAGGCUAAAAAAGAUAGAAAAGAUGACAAAAAGAGCAAGAAAGCAAACCAAGAUACAGAGAAAGAAAAGAACAAGAAAAAAAGAAAAGAUGAUGACAAAGAAAAGGACAAAAAAGAUAAAAAAGAUAAAAAAGAUGAUAAGAAGGUUAAAAAGGAUAGAAAAGAUGACAAAAAGAGCAAGAAAGCUAACCCUGAUACAGAGAAAGAAAAGAACAAGAAGAAAAGAAAAGAUGAUGACAAAGAAAAGGACAAAAAAGAUAAAAAAGUUAAAAAAGAUGAUAAAAAGAUCAACGGUACCCUACCCCUGAUUGGCUGAAUCAAGGCUAAGCUAAUGAGAUCAGUUCAUUAAUUUUAUUACGUGGAGUAAUUUGUUAAAUAAAAUGUGUUUUUCAUAUUGUCAUACUAAACGUUUAAUUUAGUGGUAUCAUCAUUCAUCAACAUCUUAAUAUUACACAGCACUAUUAGAAAUUUAAAAAAUAACUCAUAAAUUUUACGUAUAAAUUCAAAUUUAAUUCAAAAAUACACCAUAUGGAAAGUUACUAGCUACUUCAUACAUACAUAAGUUUAAAAAUAGACUGUGUAAAACGGUUGACAAUUUGUAUUAUCAUUCACCAAUGUCAAUACGUUUUGUAAUAAAAGAAUUCAUGAGCAUCUGUAUCAAUAAAUGUGUUUUAUAUUAUCUUGAUAUAAAGAUGAGAAAAAUAAAUAUAUCACAAAAAGGGAAGAUAUUUUGAGUUAUACAUCUAUUGUUUUUAAGUGCAAGACAUUCUAGCAGUGUGCGGUAAGUUAGGAAAGAAUACUCUGUUUGAUCUCAGUACAAACUAGUAUUUAUUCG